CGCCCCACGGAUAGCUGUGCGCCGUCGUGUCCGUUUGUCUGUCAGGAACUGCGCGGGAGGGGAGGAGCCACUGGUCGCCGCUGACGACAUCGGCAGAGACCGGCAGGCUCGCGACUAAGCUUUAAGGACCGGAUUCCGGUUCCUCCUGGGAAAGGCGAGCCGAGCGGCGUUUAAACGCCUCGCUGAGGGGAGAGAACUUCCGUUGUUGUCGCUUUACGCAGGUUCGAGGCAGCGGCGCACUCUUUCUGGGCUAGGGAAUCAUGGCCGAGGUGGAGCACCAGUUUGGCGCCACCCAAAACGGGCACGAAGCUGCGGCGGCGGCAGCGGCGGCGGCGGCCGAGGAAUCCGUGAGUGGCGGCGACGAGGAGCUGUUGCAGCCGGAGCAGCAGCUUGAAGAGGAGGAGGAAGAAGAAGAGGUGGUGGCGGCGGCGGUGGUGGUGGCAGAGGCCGGAGAGGAGGAAGAGGAGGGGGACGGCGAAGGAGAAAGCGAGGAGGCAGGGCAAUCGGUAGCUUCUGCAGAAGUUAGUGGCAGCCAGAAUGGAGCCGAAGGCGAUCAGAUAAAUGCAAGCAAGAACGAGGAGGAUGCGGGGAAAAUGUUUGUUGGUGGUCUUAGUUGGGAUACAAGCAAAAAAGACUUAAAAGACUACUUUACUAAAUUUGGUGAAGUAACUGAUUGCACAAUAAAGAUGGAUCCUAAUACAGGCAGAUCAAGAGGUUUUGGAUUCAUUCUCUUCAAAGAAGCAGGAAGUGUUGAUAAGGUUUUGGAGCAAAAAGAACACAAAUUAGAUGGAAGAGUGAUUGAUCCUAAGAAAGCAAUGGCAAUGAAAAAGGAUCCUGUGAAGAAAAUAUUUGUUGGUGGACUUAACCCAGAGGCAACAGAAGACAAAAUCAGGGAAUAUUUUGGAGAGUUUGGAGAGAUUGAAGCGAUUGAACUUCCAAUGGAUCCAAAGACCAAUAAAAGAAGAGGGUUUGUAUUCAUCACAUUUAAGGAAGAAGAACCAGUGAAGAAAAUAUUAGAGAAAAAAUUCCACAAUGUCAGUGGUAGUAAGUGUGAAAUUAAGGUAGCACAGCCAAAAGAAGUAUAUCAGCAGCAACAGUUUGGUUCUGGGGGCGGCCGAGGAAGAGGUGGAAGAAGAGGUCAAGGCAGUUCAAAUUAUGGGAAGGCUCCAAGACGUGGACAUCAGAAUAACUACAAGCCAUAUUGAUCAAAAGUAUUCAGGUAUGCAGUGGCAUGCUCUAAUGCACAAAACUACUGCAUAUGUUUUGUACUUAAUGCUGUAGAUGGACAUUACAAUUAUGUACCAAAAUUAACUUUACAAUACAUUUCUAUGGCCUGUUAUGUGUAUCUGAAGACUUCCCUGGAAAUGUCUUUGUUUAAUAUUUACAGAUAAUAGUUGUCUAGAGAGUGUGGUGUGUAAAUUUCAGCCUUGCUGAAGAUUAAUGAUUUUAUUGAUAGGUUAAAUUGAAAUGAUUUUGAGGGGUCUGCUUAAAGCUGCAGCUUCUGCCCGUUGGAGUUAACCACGUUAUUCCAGUUGUACAGAAUGA